CAAGUUCGCAGGUCGCCAAUCUUCGCGCGACUUCAUUUCAACACCGCUCUCUUCACAUACUCCAGUAUAUUUCUAUUCACGUUGUAAUUGUGAACUUUUUCUUCCUUUCAUACCAAUUCUUAAUUUGAUUUUAUUCUUUAUUCUUUAUCUAUCAUUUGCUCGCAUUUACAACAUGACGACCAGAUUCACGGGAAUAGAACUGGGACCACCUAUCGAGGUUUUUGCACUGCAAAAGGCAUUCAUCGACGAUGUUUACGAAAAGAAAGUUAAUCUUACUAUAGGAGCUUACCGCACUAAUGAAGGCAAACCAUGGGUUCUACCAGUUGUAAAAAAGGUAGAAAAAUCACUUGCAGCAGAUGAUUUACAAAAUCAUGAAUAUUUACCAGUUCUUGGCUUAGAAACAUUUUGCGAAGCUGCUACAAGUAUGUUAUUAGGCAUAAAUUCUCCUGUUAUUGCCCAAGGACGUACUUUUGGUAUUCAGUCGCUUUCCGGUACUGGAGCAUUACGUGUUGCCGCUGAAUUUUUGAAUCGUAUUCUACAUUAUGAUACCUUUUACUAUAGUAAACCUUCCUGGGAAAAUCACAGACUGGUAUUUAUUAAUGGAGGAUUUAAAAACGCUUGUGAAUAUACAUACUGGAAUGAAAAGACUCGUAAUAUUGAUUUAGAAGGAAUGCUCCAGGAUUUACAAAAUGCUCCAAAAAAUGCUGUAAUUAUUCUGCAUUCAUGUGCACAUAAUCCAACUGGAUGUGAUCCAACUCCAGAGCAGUGGAUUAAAAUAGCUGAUGUAAUACAAGAAAAACAUCUAUUUCCAUUAUUUGACAGUGCAUAUCAGGGUUUUGCAAGUGGUGAUUUAGAUAAAGAUGCGUAUGCUAUACGAAUGUUUGCCGAACGUGGAAUCGAAUUUAUUUGUACGCAAAGUUUUGCGAAAAAUUUUGGAUUAUACAACGAAAGAGUUGGUAACAUAGUUUUUGUGAUGGCCGAUACAAAGGAGAUGAUUCAAGCUAAAUCACAAUUAACAUUAAUUAUUCGAGGAAUGUAUAGCAAUCCUCCUAAUCAUGGUGCUCGAAUCGUUGCAACUGUGCUGAAAAAUCGGGAGUACUUUGAGGAAUGGAAGGAUCAUAUUAAAACAAUGUCCAGUAGAAUUAAACAAAUGAGGGUAGGUUUGCAUCAUAGAUUGCUCAAACUAGGUACUCCAGGUACUUGGGAUCAUAUUAUUCAGCAAAUUGGAAUGUUCUCAUAUACAGGACUCACAAAGAAACAAGUUCAGCAUUUGAGAGAUCAUUAUCAUAUUUAUAUGUUACGUAGUGGACGUAUAAAUAUGUGCGGACUAAAUGAAAAUAAUUUGGAUUAUGUAGCAAAUGCGAUUAAUGAAACGAUAAAGCUGUUAUCAGAAGCACAAAACGACUGUAUGUGUUAAAAUAGAAUAUUACAAAUACAAAUUAA